UGUAUGUUUAAUCAGCUCAAAAGAAAAUGUGUUAUUAUGUCAUUAGAUUUGUCGUAAAAAAAAAAAUCCUCAGACCCUCUGGACGGUGAAGAGAAGAGACUCAACCUCCUAUAAAUAAUCAACCCACACGCUACAGUUCUUCAGACCUUGCAUGAUGUUCCCCUUGGUGUCGGUGUCACCUCUGAAAAUUAUGAUGUUAUGCAUCCAUGGUUACAGACAAAAUGCUCAGUUAUUCAGAGAGAAAACAGGCUCUUUCAGAAAACUUCUCAAAAAUAAAGUAGAAUUUGUAUUUGUCAGUGCUCCUAACAAAAUUCCUGUGAAUACAGAUGAUGGUGAACAUGAAGGUAAAGACAUCAAAGAUAUUGAUGAAAGAGGUUGGUGGUUUUCAAGAGAAGACAAAUAUUUCCAUGCUCAAGAAGAAACAAAUUGUUGUAUUGGUUAUGAACAAUCAAUAGAAAUGAUUAAAAACGUCUUGAAAGAACAGGGACCAUUUGAUGGAUUAUUUGGAUUUAGCCAGGGUGCUUCUUUAGUAUCACUCUUAUGUGGAUUAAGAGAACAAAAUCCUGAUGGAGACCUGAAAUUUUCAUUUGCAAUUAUGGUUGCUUCUUUUAAAAGUAAGAGUUUACAACAUCAGUCAUUGUAUGAACAAAAAGUUACCAUUCCAACACUGCAUGUUUUUGGAGAAACAGACCGUGUCAUUCCAAAGAGUAUGAGUGAAGAACUUUUAGAAAAUUACACUAACUGUACAAUACUUCAGCAUGCUGGUGGCCAUUAUGUUCCAUCGACGUCCUUAGAAAAGAAGGCUUAUAUUCAGUUUAUUGAGCAGCAAGCUAAAGUGAAAGAACUUGAAAACUGACAGAUUUGUUGUGAACAUUAUAUUUUGAAAUUAAUAAUUAAAAUUUCUGUUACAAAAUAAAAAAAAAAAUUGUUGUCUUACAGUUUGAAAAUUCAUGAAAAUUUAAAUUUGUAUUUACAUACCCAUGCACCUACAGUAUGGAAGUGAAAUCUGAAAAACAGGAACUGAAAAUUUUUCCGAGAUCUUUUUACUCCUUUUAGUUUUUAUAAUUUUCUUUUUGAACAACUUUUUUUGUUAUCUCGGGUGUUGAUUUGCUAAAUUUUCAUGAAUUGUUGCUGUAAAUAGUUAUUUUCCUGAAUACCAGGUUUCAGUAUUUCGUCGGUGCCAGUUUACUUCAUUUAAGUCUCUGAUGCCUUUGAAAGAAACAAGAUCAUCAUACACUUUAAUUCUUCUUCCUUAUGGAGCUGCAACAUUGUGAUUACAUAAUGUAA